AUGGUCCUGGCUGAUUCUGAGGAUUUUGCCCUUUACUCUGUUCUCACACCUCAGAGCACAAAUGCAGGCAAAGGCAAAAAACGCAAGGGUGGGAAAGGCAGAAGAUCCAGAAAGGGUGGAAAGAAGCAGAUGAAAGGAGUGGAUCUCUUCAGCCCAGCUGCCAUGCUCAACGCUUACUACAUCUCUCACAACGCUGCUGCCUUCCUGGAAUUCCGGGGCUAUCCCUGGCCUGGCUCUCUCAAAAAGAAGGGGAAGAAAAAGAAGUGAAAAUCAAAC